CAAGAUGUUAACGUCACAAGUACGUGGAUUCAGUUUAUUGGCAAUUGUUAUUGCAGUUUUAAUGCCGCUUAAUGACAGUUUUGAACUGCCUUUUCUACAAGAAUGCACUUUUGAGGAUGAACAAUGUCAUGUGGAACAUGUUAAUAAAUUUUUUGAAAUGUAUGGCAAUGGCAUAGAGGAAUUGGAUGUGCCCACUUUAGAUCCCAUGCAUUUGGGUGAUAUUACCAUUAAAGGCAACUCGAAUGAGAAUUUCAAUUUACAGCUGUUUAUGGAAAAUGUUGAUUUAUAUAAAUUUCCCAUAGUGAAAUGUUUGAGCAUAAAGGGAUUUUCCCAGGACGGUAGCAAGCCCAUGCGUGUGGUUUUAAAACUACUCUCUCCACAGCUGAUCGUUAAGGCGCAUUGUCGCAUAAAGGGUAAACUUUUGCUAUUCACUGUGGCGGGAGAUACGGAUUUGAAUCUCGAUAUUAAAAAUGUUACCACCACCAUGAAGGUAAAGUGUUCACCGUACACCAAGGAGGGUGUGACUUACUAUAAGGCGGAUGAAAUGAAGCCUAGAUUGGAUAUUGGCAGCCUGUCAACAUCUUUUGCCAAUUCGACUUUAUUUAAUGGCGAAGAAAUCUUUAUGGAAACUUUUGCCGAUACCAUCAAUGAAAAUUGGGAGGUUUUACGUGAUGAAAUAGAGCCUCAUAUAAAUAAUGCUGUAGGCAAAGUGGCAAUUGAAGCACUCAAUAAGAUUAUGGCGACUAUGCCUUAUGAGAAAUAUUUCAAGAAAUCGGAAUAGCUGCUGAAUCAGAUAUAAUUAGUGUUUAUAAGUGUAUUAAUGUGAUAUGGAGAAAAUCCCAAAUAAGAGAAACUAUUUUAUAAAAAAAAGAAUCCAAAGAAGUGAAAAAUUGUGAAUAUAUAACAAACAACUUGUUAUCCUUAAAUAAUCCAAUAAAGAUCCUUAAGAAUUUAACAAAGAAACUAAUAAAAUAGAACAAUAUCAUAAAUUUUCAAAACCACAUAAA